AUGAUUGUGGAACAACACAAAAGAUACAAAGCUGCAACAAUGUACACCGAGCUAUGUGGAGAGAAGGAGCAAGUUACUUGGAGGAAAAUUUUCUUCUCAAAUCAUGCUAGACCCCAGACUUUGUUUGUGCUUUGGCUUGCUCUAUUGGGUCGACUGCCUACAAAGGAUAAACUGACUCGUUUUAGAAUUCAUACAGAUGAGAAAUGUAUGUUAUGUCAGGAAAAUGAGAAUAUUGAUCAUGUUUUCUUCGAGUGCCAAACCACAGGGGCAAUAUGGACAAAAAUCAUGAAACAACUUGGAUAUAACAGGGCUCCAAAAAGAUGGACAUAUGAAGUUAAAUGGUUGAGCUGUGAAACACAGAAGAAAGGUUGGAGAAGACAAAUCUUGAAAAUUGCAGUUGCUGGAACUAUGUACAACAUAUGGAGAGCAAGAAAUGACAUGGAUUUCUCAAACAAGAAGAUGAAGGAUACCAUUAAAGAUCACAUCACUUAUACAACUAUCAUGAGAUGUUGCUUGAGUACCAAACUUAGAGCUCAUAUUGAUACAACUAAUAUAUGUAUAUGUUAA